AUGAAAUUAUUCUACUGUGGUUUCAAUGGCUUUGGACAAGUGGCGCAUUCAGGCGCCCAUGAAUGCUCCUCCCAAAAAAUUGGCGCGUGCCUGCCUGUGCUGAUAUAUCAGUCAGAAAUCGAUUGGGUGUUGCACGUGUUUCUUGGUUGGUCUCGACUGAUAAUUACAACAACAAAUGAUUCUGUUGUCAGUGGUUAUUGGAAUGGAAUAUCAAGUUUCAAUGGAUCCAUCUCUGAUGGAAUCAAUAUAAAAGAAGUAACAUGCAAUGAACAUUUAGCUGUGUGCAUUGAUGAAAGUGGAGUACUGAAGAAGCGUAUAAUAGAUAAUCCUCGGGGCCAACCUUCAGGUUGGGAAAAGGUUACAACAGUUGCUGAUGAGGCAGGGCCUGUGAAAUUUGUCAAUGUUAUAAGUAAUGAUCAUUCCGUCAUAGCCCUUGAUGAAAUUGGCAACAUUCAUCUUCCACCAUUAAAAAUGGAAAGCAUGCAAUCAAGAUUUGUUGACAUUGCUUGUGGAAAAGAACAUUUUAUGGCCCUCACCAAUGAAGGAAAAGUUUACUCUUGGGGAUCAGGAAGUCGAGGCCAGUUGGGUCACGGUAGCAUCGAGUCGAGCGAAUAUCCACAAGAAGUCGAGGUGCUAGGUGGAAUGAAUAUUGUUCAAAUUGCUGCUGGCGGAUGGCACAGCUGCGCCCUUAGCGAAUACGGAGACGUUUACAUCUGGGGCUGGAACGAAUCUGGCCAGUUGGGUUUACCGUGUCGUAAUCUGAGUGGCUCUGCUAGAAAAAGGUAA